GAUCCCUGGGGAUUUUCAGACGGGUUUUAUGUGUAGAGCUGAUUUUCUGCUUCAAACUGUGAAACAUCGACACAAAGGAGACGCUGCUCUGUUCUUCAUCCGUCCAUUCGUCCGCUCCGUCAUCCACCCAUUCAUCCACUGAUCCAUCCAUCCACCAGUCUGUGGUUUGAAUCCUCCGAGCAGCGAGCAUGUCUCUGCUGUCUGUCUGCAGGAUCUGUAUUCAGCUCAUCACAGCUGUGCUGCUGAUGUCAUCGUGGUGCAUUCAGGGUCUGCAUGUCAACGUGGUUCCCAAACAGCCUCUGUUCAGACUUGGGGAGCGUCAGCAGGUGGUCUGCUCGGUCCAUGACUGUCCUUUGGUGCCCACCUUCUCCUGGUCUCUGCUUGGGGACCGGCCUCUCACCGCCACCGUCAGCAUCAACAGGACCCAGUCUGUGGUGACCUUUGACCCCGUGAUGAUGGAGCAUGAAGGAGUUCUGCUGUGCCGAGUCAGCUGUGGAGGAGAAAAAAAGCAGUUCAAAACCUCUGUGCACAUUUACUCCUUCCCAUCCGCUCCUGUGAUCCGAGGCCAGGACCAUCUGAGACUGGGGGUGGAGUCCACCCUGACCUGUCAGGUUUCUGAUCUUUACCCCGCUGAGCUGCUGAACCUCACCUGGUUCAGCGGGGACAGAGUCCUUCAGAGCAUUGUUGGAGAUCCUGGAUCCAGCUCUGUCUGGUCUGAAUACAGCUUCACUCCUCAGAACCAGGAUUCAGGAGCCAUCAUCACCUGCAGGGCUAUGCUGAACCUGCCAAACCUGCCAGCUGAGAGCAGGACCAGAGAGACCACCAUCCCCCUAAACAUACUUUAUGCUCCUGUUGUGACGUCGAUCUCAGACCCGGUGGUGGUGAUGGCUGGCUCUCCCCUCACUCUCAAUUGUUCAGCGGAGGGAAAUCCCAAGCCGACCGUCAGCUGGAGCUUCCGGACAGCCGAUGGGGGGUCUGUGCAGCGAGGUCGAGGCCGUCAGCUCAUCUUCACAGCGGUGAGUCUGUCUGAGGCCGGACGCUACGAGUGUGAGGCCCGCAACAGCGAAGGAAACCAGACUGCUGCCGUAGACAUCACUGUUCACGCUCCACCCACCAACACCUCCAUUUCCAUGAGUCCAGGUGAGGAGGUGGUGGAGGGUCAGCAGGUGACAGUUACCUGCCGCUCAGACGGCGCUCCGCCUGCCACUCUGGUGCUGAAGAGGAAGGGGGUGGAGCUUCAGAGGACUGACCCCGCCUCCUCCUCGCUCACCUUCAGCCUCUCCUCCGCCCUCCUGGAAGACUCCGCCAACUACCAGUGUGAAGCCUCCAACCAGUACGGAUCCGAACUGGUCUCCAGCUCCAUCACUGUCAGAGCUCACCCAAUGCAGGUAGAGGUGAGUUCUCAGGUCUCAGCAGCAGAGCGGGGUUCAGGUCUGGUCCUAACCUGCAAAGCCUCCAGAUGUCUCCGCCCUCCCACCCUCACCUGGAGGAGGAUGGACCAGAACCAGACUGUCCUCCAGAGGACGCAGCAAGAGGACGGACUUUCUAUGCUCCACCUGCAGGACCUGGACCUCCGGGAUCAGGGAGGAUACAGCUGUGAGGCCGAGUGUGACUCUGUCAUCAGGACCAGAAACACCCAAGUCCACGUCUACUCGCUUCCGCUUGAUCCAGUUGUGAAGGAUCCUGGUCCCCUCCUGCUGGGUCAGGAGGCGGUCUUUCACUGUGAUGUCAUUAAUGUCUUUUCGAACAAUCAGCUGAGGAUCCAGUGGCUGUUGGGGAACACGACACUGAUGUCAGAGUCCUUCGGGUUCUCCAGUUCUUUACAGAACGUCUCGUCUGUUCUUCGGCACCGGGUCAAGGGGGACCAGCAGGUUCUGACCUGCAGAGCGGAGCUGCUGAUGGAGGACAGAGACGUGUGGAGGUUGAGGAGGACCAGUGUCCCUCUGCAGGUCAACUAUGCUCCGAGGACAACCUCCAUUUCCAUGAGUCCAGGUGAGGAGGUGGUGGAGGGUCAGCAGGUGACAAUUACCUGCCGCUCAGACGGCGCUCCGCCCGCCACUCUGGUGCUGAAGAGGAAGGGGGUGGAGCUUCAGAGGACUGACCCCGCCUCCUCCUCACUCACCUUCAGCCUCUCCUCCGCCCUCCUGGAAGACUCGGCCAACUACCAGUGUGAAGCCUCCAACCAGUACGGAUCCGAACUGGUCUCCAGCUCCAUCACUGUCAGAGCUCCCCCGAGAAACACCACAGUCCUUGUCCUGCCGUCUACAGUGGUCCAGGAGGGACAAAAUGUCACCGUCUGCUGCCAAACCAUCAGCUUCCCGCCAUCGGCCGUGAUCCUGAAGAAACUGACCAAUGGCACGGAGAUAUAUUCCCUCAACGGCACCUUCCUGUUGGUCAACGUCACGGCCAGAGACUCUGGGCUGUAUCAGGUCAACGUGACCAAUGACCUCGGAUACCAGGUCAAAGUCUUCAGCAUCAACGUCACAGAGAGAAGCACCAGCCUUCCUCCCAGUCUCAGCAUCAUCAUCAUCAUCACAGCCAUCUGCGUUGCUGCCGGGCUAGCAGCUGCCGCUCUGCUCCUCGACUACCUGAGGAGAUCCAGGAAGAAAGGCUUUUAUCAGCUGCCCCAGUCUGCUCCGGCUUCAGCCCGAGGCUAACACCGGGCUGCCAUGCCCCUGCGUGCGGCUCCCGAGUUUUAAAAUGUGCCUGCCGUGUCCCUAAAAUCUGGCUGCUGUCUCCCAAAAUGUGGCUUCUAAAGUACAACAUUACACUACAGCGCGUGGCUUCACGUGCCAAGAUAUGGCUAUCAUGCCCCAACAUGCGACAUGUGGCGACCAUUUCCAAACAUGCUACUACCAUUUUCCCAACACGUAGCCAAGGCAUUCCAGCAUGUGAUGAGUAUGUGCUACCAUUCGCCAAUGGCGACCACAUACAGACCUGUGGCUUUCAUCCCCCCACAUGUGACUAGUGUCCCGACACGGUGCUACCACAGGCCCGCGUGUUUUUUUUAAUAACAUACCACGUCCCGACAUGCGAUAUUCCAGUAUGUGGCUACUACUCCUGAACAUGUGGCUCCAGCCCUCCAGCCUGAGAAACGCUGACGGUCACUGCCCACUGCUAAAUAACGUAACGUGCGAACAGCAAUGAGAAUCUCCCUCUGUAGAGUCGUCUAUCCGCUUUUGGCAGCUUUGCAGCUCAUUGAUUUUUUUCUGCUGAACCAGUGACUUUCAGUGACUGCGACUUUGUGAACUGUCCCUUUAACUGCUUGGCUGAAGGUUCAAACUGAAAACAGAAAUGUUGCUGUGAGUCAGAGCUUUGGCUUCAGCUUCGUAACACUGGAGCUGUAAACUGUGACUAAACUAAAACGUUCUGUGUGGCCAGAGGUUGGUUGAACCUCCUCUGAGUUUUCGUUUUCUGGUUUACUUUCAGUCUUACACAGUCACUCAGUUUGGUACGGCUGAGUCUCAGUUUUCGUGUUCUGCAUACAGAACCACAUUGUUCACGUGUGUUUGUGUUUAUCUUCAAUUAUCUGCUGGAGUUCUUGACUUAAAUGCGUUGUAUGUAGAUAUGUGCACAGUUUCUGACUCUGUGCUUUAUUAAAGAUAUUUAUUUCUUCA